AUGCUUUACACAACCUCACGAGCUGCUCUUUCUCCCAUCAAGUCGUCGAAAAAGUGGUCCACCCGCACAUCAACAUUAUGCAUUUUGUUUACUAAUUCAAUAAGGACAUAUUUUCAUCACAGAUACACUCAUUCAGAUCCACACCUCCACACCCCUCCUCUCUCCCCAUCGUCAUCGGAACAAGCCCAUCCAAGAAGUCAACAGCAGCUUCUGGAUAUCAUGCAUCAAGUGAAUUAUGUUGCUGAGCACAACCAAAAACUGUUGAGGGAGUUCGAACAAUUAAAGAGACAACUGGAAGAAAAAGAGACAAAAAGUUUGUGCUCUUGGAUUGAUACCAACCCGUUCAAAUUCGGAGUGUUAUGUGGAACCAUAGUGUUCAUGAUGGUUGUCACUAGGUUAGAGCUGAAGAAGAACAAAAUGAAGGUGUCUCAAUUAAGGGAAAAAUUAAACGAGUUAGCACAGCAGAAGAAGCUAGCAGCAUUCAACGGGAGAGGAAAUUAG